CCUUACGUCGGGCUGACGUCGCUGAUUUCGGCUCCUCCCUUCCCGCCCCGCGACUUUAGAACUCCUGAGGCUGACCUGAGGAUGAGGUCCGCUGUGCUGUUCGGGCUCAUCAUCGCCACAGGCCUGGUGGCUGCCGUGCCGCGCGUGAAGAGGCAGCUCGGCGUUCCCGGCGCCCCCGGGGCUCCUGCUGUUCCCGCCAGACCAACAGCGCCCCCUGUGGACGAUGACCUGAAGGCCGGUAUUGCAGCCGCUUUCGGAGCCGCUGCAGACGCUGCAGACGCUAUUUUAGCGAACUCCGCAGCUGCCAGAUUCAUCAACACCCUUCCCGCCAACUCUGUGAUCCUCCGAGCUCUGAAAGGGGAGGCGGACAUUAACAACAUUCCCGAGGAGCAGUUCAAGAACAUCCCUGGCAUCGUGCUCACCCAACUCGUGGAUGCGGAGUUUGAGAAGAUCGAGACUGCGCAGAUCGUGGCCUGGCUGAAGAACGCUAAGAACGGCUUCAACUUCGAGCAGCUGGAAUUGCUGUCAACCCGCGUCUCCACCGACACGUUCGAGCAGGUGAUGGGGCUGAUGAAGGACGCGGCCGAGUCUGGAGGCCCAGACGCCCGGCCCAACCCUGGGAUCAGCGCGGAUGUUCAGGAUUUCCUGGUGCGGAAGUUUGUGGAAGCGAACGUGAACGACACCUGUGCCGAGAUGGCUCAAAAACUGCAGGCCAUCUCCUUCAUGCCGCAGGGCAUGACACCCGAGAACCUGGACAGGCUCCGGGAAAACAGCGACCAGAACUGCCCUGGCGUGGCGGAAGCUAUCUUGGAGAUUAACGGUCGGGGCGGCCGCUACUGUAGGAUGUCUGCGGAGGCCCGGGAGGAAGUGUGCGACUUCGCGCGCUCGGCUGCCGGAGACCAGAAGGACACCGUGGACAACCUUGCCAAGCUGGGGCCUUUCACCGACUGUCUGACGAGCCAGGAUCUGGAGCGGGCAUCCGCUGACACGCUGAUUGACCUAUAUGAGGCUGGAUUCUUCCUAAACGUGGACGAGCUGCCGGAGGGCGGAAGUGACAUCAUCAGGCGGAAACUGGACGCGUCCUACCGGAUGCCGAAAGGACAGGAUCUCAUCGAUUUCUUCAACGGCAACUUAACCCUUGUAGCGAUGCUGGGUCCUGUAGCCGAGACCAUCGGGGACAUGAUCGGGGACCUGAGCCAGCUGGACCUGCCCACCAUGAGGAGGAUGAAGCAGACGAUCUCGUCGAGCCGCGUGUGUCAGGACGGAGAGACCCAGGCUAGCAUGAGGGGGCCGUCUAAGGAGGAGAGAGAGCUUGACCGGCAGCUGUUAGCGUUGGAGAUGGCCGACCCGUCCUCAGUCACGGCCGCCACGCUGAACAGUCUGGUCGGCUCGCUGGCGGAAAUGCAGCCUUCAGAGAUAGAGAACCUGAACGCAGACGCUGUGGUGGGCGCCAUAGAAACCCUGGCAGACGAGGACUUCUCCUGGGCAGAGGCGAGAACUGUCAUCGACAAGUUCAAGUCCGGAUCGAGCGUCAGCGGGGCCUUCUCUGCAGCCCAGGUGACCUCCCUGGGGAAACUUGUCGCCAAGCUGCCCCUGGACGAGCUGGAUCAGAUGGACGACGCUGACGUCCGCAGUGCCAUCUCCACCUUCGCCAGCGCCAAGAGCGACAUGAGCCCCGCACAAGCCAAGAAGAUCGCCAAGAAGGCCCGGAACGGGAACCUGCUCGACCAGCUGGGAAACGGAGAGAUCGACGCUUUUGUCGACGCCCUUCCUCUUAAGGAAUUCAAAGACAUCGAAACCGAAAUCGCCGCUGAUAUCGCCAACGGAGACUACAGCAAGUACAGCAGCCUUCAACUGAGUGGUGCUCAGGCCACGUAUCUGUAUGAAAAGAUGGCGUCGACACUGAGCGGAGAGCUGGACAGGGACACUGUGAUAUCCAUGGGCAACGCCAUUGCCGGGGCGGGGGAGGACGUGCUCGAUCUCAUCCCUAACGACAACUUCGCAGAAGUCAUCGGCGCCAUGUCUGACCAGGCGGACUUCGGCGCAGCCAUGAACAGGAAGAUGGCGAAGCGGCUGGAAACCGAGAUUAUCUCCGCCUUCGACCAGAUGUCCCAGACAGAUCUGGACACCAUUCCCGCUGACGUCAUGCCUGACGUGUCGACAGAAAGCCUAGAUGCCGUUCCGGCCGGCCUGUGCGGAGCCGUGGCCCAGAAAGUUGCCGGUUCUGACCGCCUGUUCAACACGCAGGGGAUCCGGCAGCAGAAGCACGCAAGGAACGCGCUCAGGUGUCUGGGCAAGGAGACGAGCGGGGACCUGGGUGAGGCUGACAUGGCCACUCUGGGGAACCUGAUCUGCGGUGCUGAGGACGCGGUUCUGGACAGGGUCGACGCUUCCGGGGCCAAGACUGCCCUGGAGAACCUGCAGAACUGCCCGCCAAAGUGCCUCACGGAGGACAAAAAGACCAAAAUUCAGGAGCUCUUCGGCAAGAUGACUGCUAACGCCCAGGCUAGUCAGAUCGACACCGACUCCCUGGCAGCCAUUGGGAAGAACGCUUUCUGCCUGCCAGACGCCACCCUCUCAGGGAUCCCCAACGACGUGGUCUCCAAUGUUCGCACCUCCCUGGUGGACGGCGUGGACAUGGCUGAAGAGGAGGCGCUGACAGAACAGGACAGCAGCUGCGGAAUCGACAGGGCCGCGCUGCUUGCUAAGGUGAAGGAGGCUGAGGCGGGAUCGGCCAGCUCCCGACGCAAGAGGCAAACCACAGUGUACACCUGUGCGGACGUGCAGGACCUUGGUAACGCGGCCGUGAGCCUGACGGAAGCCGAGCUGGGCGCCAUGACAGCUGCGGAGUUCGCCAACUGCGUGGAGACUCUUGGCGGGCUGACUGGCUGGAGCGCCGGCCAGCUGGAGGUCAUGAGGGACAAAGUCUUCUCCGACGUGGCGGCAGCUGGCUCCCUGACGACCGACCAGAUCCUGACGCUCGGUAAGAUCGCCACGGCGUUCACCACCAGCCACCUGUCCGCUCUGGACCUGUCUGACAUCGACGCCGUCUACAGCAUCGCCCAACACAGCGGCUACAGCGCUGCUCAGACCGAAGCUGCCUUUACCAAGUACCUGGGCAGCGGCGCGGUGUCCGCCAUCACCAGCGAGCACCUGGUGGGCCUGUCCAACUUCCUGGGCGGCAUGACGACCGCUCAGAUCGGGCAGAUCGACAACGCCGCCUUCCAGGACGCUGCGGCCAACAUCGGGACGCUGGCCGGGCUGAGUUCUGACCAGCUGACGGCCCUGAAGAACAAGGCGGUCUCCGCUAGCGGCGCGGUCAGCUCCUGGUCCGCCGCUGACUUAGCGGAAUUCGGCACUGUGGCAGCCGGCCUGGAGACGGCUGAACUGUCUGCCCUGACGAACGCCCAGGUUCCGGAAGUCUCUCCCGCCGCCAUUCCACUCUACCCGACAAGCACCUUCUGCAGCGGAUUUUCUGUGGACCAGCUGAACCUGUUCACCAUGGAGCAGGCGCAGGCCGUGACAAACGAGCAGUACUUCGCCUGCUCCGCCGCGCAGCAGGGCGCCAUCGACCUGGCCCAGUACGGCGCGGACGACGUCAACGACGCUCCCAACCGCUCAAGCGGAGUCGGUGCCGUCCACGCAUGCGUGAUGCUGGUCUUCUCCGCUGUUCUCGUCCGUCUCCUGUGAUGACGUCACGCCGCUCUGACGUCAUGGGCGGGACCAUGGCUGUAUGCUGCGUUGCCGUGUGGAAAUUUUUGUUUGCUUUUUUUUACUUUUUGACUAAAAACGAUGGGAUUUUUAAAUUCACUUUGUAAAAGAGUUUGUACUCCUACAACUUAAAUAUCUCUCAAAGAUGUAGCUAAGUUAAGAUGGAGAGUUUUACAGGGUAAAAUGCACCUAAUUUAAGAUGGAGUUACAGUGUAAAAUGCAGUUAAGUUGGAGAGUUUUACAGGGUAAAAUGCAGUCACUAUGCAGUAAGAUUCAACCUUCAUUUCUAUCACUGUAGAACUAGAUUUUUUAUUCAGAUUGCUUUAGUUUGCUGCUUCCGAAAAUAUAGAAAACUGUAAAUUAAUAUAUGUCCUCCUAAAAUACUCUAUAUGUAUCCUAUCAUCAUGUUUCCAUACUACCUUGUAUGUUUUCAAUUUUGUGUGUACUUCUAUGCAAAUGAGUCAGUUAAAACCUGGUCUUGGACUGACCAAUGACAUGUGCUAGGAUGUAAUUUGAUACGUUUUGUUACACCUGUAGUUUUAUAGACCACCUGCGCUACUGUGAGUUACACAAUAGACAGAGUUUUAUAGUUGUAAAGUUCAAACUUUGUUCCAACUCUACAAUUAUGUAUUCUACCAGAUGAGCUUUCAUCCCAACAUUAGACAGGGCUUUAGUAUGCAAAACUCUUCGCAAUAAAACCGAUGCACAUGACGUCACAACUUGAAGGUCCGCUUGUAAAUUAAUUUUGAAGACCUUGAGAACGACAAUAAUGUGUUUACCAUCCGUUCCCAUGGAAACUGAUUUGUAACAAUAACCGGGAUUUUAUCUGCAUUCUUGGUCAAUAUUAUUGACUGGCGACAGAAAGUUGUUGUACUCAUGUCUCUGGAGCUGUUUUUAAUUGUUACGCUGAGCUUAUUGGUUCUCUUACGAUGAUGAUGACUCACUCACCCAC